AUGAUGAUGGGGAAGAGAGGUCGGGCGCCGAUGAAGAGGACUACGAGCAUGACCGAAUUCACCUUGGAACUCAACGGCGGAGCUGUGGCGCAGCUCUAUCAGCCGUCGGAUCCUCACAAUCCGUUCAACGGCGACCUAAAUCAACACUACAUGGCCUCCGCUGCGGCUGCUCCGAGGCUCCAGCGGCGCAAUUCGGCGGAUUACGUUCAAACUGCUAGUUUUCUGAGGGUUUGCUCCUUCUGCAACAGCCGCCUCAUCCCUGGCCACGAUAUCUUCAUGCAGCAGCAAAUUAAUCAGGAUAAGAGAAAAGAUAAGUGUUCAUUUACGGCGUCGAAGAAGGAAGCCGCCACCACCGGCGAUAAGGUGACGUUCUCCAGCCGAAAUUGA